ACAAACACCUAUGAGAGAGAGGGAGAUAAGAAAAGUCCAUUAUUUAAACAAUUUUCAGUUUCAAAUUUGUUCUAUAAAUAGUAUCUAAAUCAAUACCAUUCUCUUUGCCUCCCUUUUAUUAAUUAAUUCAUUCACUCAUUCCAAGAGAAUGACCAAAAAGAACUUAGUUCCUUCCUAAAUCCAACAAAAUUGACAAAGAUCAAAUCAUGAACAUGAACAACAUAACCUCCAUCAAAACUGCCUCCAAUGGCGUAUGGCAAGGUGAUAAUCCUCUCCAUUUCGCCUUCCCUCUCUUAAUCCUUCAAUCCGUUCUCAUCCUCAUCCUCACUCGUUUCCUCGCUCUCCUCCUCAAACCCCUCCGUCAACCCAAAGUCAUUGCCGAAAUCGUCGGUGGGAUUCUACUGGGUCCAUCUGCUUUUGGACGUAACAAAACUUACUUGCACCGAAUCUUUCCCCAGUGGAGCACUCCCAUUCUUGAAUCAGUUGCUAGUAUUGGUUUGUUGUUUUUCUUGUUUCUCGUUGGACUCGAGCUUGAUUUGGCCUCCAUCCGUCGUAGCGGUAAACGAGCAUUCGGAAUUGCCCUGGCGGGAAUCUCUGUACCGUUCUUUUCUGGUAUCGGUGUUGCCUUCAUCCUUCGUAAAACUGUCGACGGUGCUGACAAAGUCGGUUACGGUCAGUUCAUUGUAUUCAUGGGUGUCGCUCUCUCCAUCACUGCCUUUCCUGUUUUAGCCCGCAUUUUAGCCGAGCUGAAACUCCUCACUACCCAAGUCGGCGAAACAGCAAUGGCCGCAGCCGCGUUCAACGACGUUGCAGCUUGGAUCCUCCUCGCACUCGCCGUUGCCUUAGCCGGUAACGGCGGUGAAGGCGGAUCGGAAAAGAGUCCAUUGGUUUCCGUGUGGGUCUUACUUUCCGGAGCCGGGUUCGUGGUUUUCAUGAUGGUGGUCACUCGACCGGGAAUGAAAUGGGUGGCGCGGCGGUGCUCGUACGAGCACGACGCCGUGGACGAGGCUUAUAUCUGUUUGACAUUAGUCGGAGUGUUGGUAUCGGGAUUUGUGACGGAUUUGAUCGGAAUUCAUUCGAUUUUUGGGGGAUUUAUAUUUGGAUUGACGAUUCCGAAAGGGGGAAGAUUUGCUGAGAGAUUGAUUGAGAGAAUUGAAGAUUUCGUUUCAGGUCUUCUUCUUCCUCUGUAUUUUGCUUCCAGUGGGUUGAAGACGGAUGUGGCGAAGAUUAAAGGGGGGAAAGCUUGGGGAUUGCUGGCGCUGGUUAUAUCGACGGCGUGCGCCGGUAAGAUUCUGGCGACGUUUGUGGCGGCGAUGGUGUUUUUGAUACCGGCGAGGGAGGCGCUGGCGUUGGGGCUGCUUAUGAACACCAAAGGCUUGGUCGAACUCAUUGUGCUCAAUAUUGGGAAGGAGAAAAAGGUUUUGAACGACGAAGUAUUCGCCAUAUUAGUGUUAAUGGCAUUAUUUACGACAUUCAUCACCACCCCCACCGUGAUGGCGGUUUAUAAGCCAGCCCGUGGUGGCUCCACCCCACCUACCCAUCGUAAACUCCGCGACCUCUCUGCCGACGACACUAUCGACGACGAGCUCCGAAUCCUUGCCUGUGUCCACAGCUCCGGCAACGUGCCGUCGCUCAUCACCCUGACCGAGUCAACUCGCAGCACCAAAAAUUCCUCCCUCAAACUCUUCGUAAUGCACCUGGUUGAACUCACCGAGCGAUCCUCUUCCAUCAUGAUGGUCCAACGCGCCCGCAAAAACGGCUUCCCUUUCUUCGCCCGGUUCCGUAAGGCCAGCGAGUGGCGGGACCAAAUGGCUGCGGCCUUUCAGGCCUACAGCCAAUUGGGCCGAGUCAAGGUCCGGCCCACUACGGCCGUCUCUUCCCUAGCCACUAUGCAUGAGGAUAUUUGCCACGUGGCGGACGAUAAGAGGGUCACUAUGAUUAUCUUGCCGUUUCAUCGGAAUUGGAGGGCGUUUGGCGGCGGCGAUGUGGCGGAGGAGGAAGUGGAGGAGAAUGUGGGCCAUGGAUGGAGAGUUGUGAACCAACGGGUUUUGAAGAAUUCGCCUUGCUCUGUGGCGGUUCUUGUGGACCGUGGAUUUGGGGCCGCUGCGGCCCAGACGCCUGGGCCUGGGCCCAUGGUUGGUGUGGGCCGAAGGAUUUGUGUUCUGUUUUUUGGUGGGCCUGAUGAUCGGGAGGCGCUGGAGUUAGGUGGCCGGAUGGCGGAGCAUCCGGUGGUGAAGGUAACGGUAGUCAGGUUUCGGCCGUCGUCAGCGGAUGGGAUGGAGGGUAGUAAUGUCAUUUUGCGUCCCAUGCAUUCGAAAUCUGGCGAUAACCAUUAUAGCUUCACCACCACUCCAAUCAACCGGGAAAAAGAAAAGGAGCUAGAUGAUGCAGCAUUGGCAGAAUUCAGAAGCAAAUGGGAAGCAACAGUUGAGUACAAAGAGAAGGAGGUGAGCAACAUGAACAUGAUAGUUGAAGGGGUGAUGGCCCUCGGAAAGGAAUGCGGUUACGACCUAAUCGUCGUGGGGAAGGGUCGGGUUCCCUCAAGUAUGGUAGCGAAACUAGCGGACCGACCCGUGGAGCAUGCCGAGUUGGGGCCAGUAGGGGAUUUAUUGGCCAGCUCAGGCAAGGGAAUCGUAUCUUCAAUAUUGAUAAUUCAACAACAUGGAGGAGGUGCUCAUGUAGAAGAAACUCCAGUUUUGAAGAUAGCACAAUCCAAUAAGAAUGAGCUGCCUUUGUCAACUGAUGGAGCUUCAACUGAUCAUGUAUAAAAUCAUAGGUAUCUUCAACUUUGUUACAUAGUUCAAUUGGUACAUUAUAGUUGCUAGUUUAUUGUAUCAAUUCACUCAUUUCAUAGAAAUUAUAGCAUAUUAUUAUUACAAUCCUAGUUGAACAUGUAAUUUGAUGUUUCCCGUACAUUAAAUGAUUAUACCAUGAAAUUCAUCAAA